AUGCGGUCGACUCGGUGGUUGUGGGACGGUCGGGAGAGGAACGGUCGGGGAUGGACCGAGAAGCCGCCAGUGAUCGAGAAGCCGCCAGUGAUCGAGAAGCCGCCAUCGACCGAGAAGCCGCCAGCGACCAGAUUUGCCCCAGCGCCGUGGACGUCGCUGUCUAAAGGGGGCGACGGCCCCAUUAGAAGGGCGAAAAAGAGAAAAGUUUCUGGUUUAAAUAACAGGUAUUCAGGAAAGGCUUCUUCCUCUUGCAAAAACCGGAUUCUUGGUCAUGUAGUUUUCUCCUUUGAGGAGCUUCAGAAGGCAACUACAAAUUUCUCUUCAGCUCAUCAGAUUGGACAAGGUGGUUUUGGAACUGUAUACAAGGGAAGGCUUGAUGAUGGAACUGCUGUUGCUAUCAAGCGUGCGAGAAAGAACAACUAUGGUAGAAGCUGGUUGCAAGAAUUCAAGAAUGAAAUAUACACACUAUCCAAGAUUGAGCACUUGAAUUUGGUAAAGCUGUAUGGAUUUCUGGAUGAUGGAGAUGAAAGGAUCAUUGUUGUCGAAUAUGUUGGCAACGGAAACCUGCAAGAUUACCUGGAUGGUUCAAUGGGGAACCACCUUGGAAUGGCGGAACGGCUGGAGAUUGCGAUUGAUGUGGCUCAUUGCUAG